GCUGCGUAAAAGCGACAUAGAUACGAAUAAAUGUCAACGAGAGCGUAAUGGUGAAUAGUCCAUCGAAAAUGACAAAUUUCCAAAAUUUUUCAAGUGAAGUGAUUUGUCGACAGAAUAACUUUUAAUUAAGUGUCCGAUAGUGCUACCCGUGCCGUCCGCAUCUGAUUUGGCUAGAAGAUUCACCCGUAUCCCUAGAAAAUGGCCUCCAGUUGGCGAAUACGCAAAAGAAGUUUUCGUCCUAAAGGUAUUCAAUCUCCAGAUGAUUAUUAUCGAUUGGAUUUAAAAAAAAGUAGCAUUGAGAAUGCUUACGAGAUAUACUCAGCACUUUGUGCAAGUGAUACAUCAGAGAGUAAACGUUUAAGUUUAUUGAAUGCUUUCGCAGCAUUAUUUGAACAGAGUUCUCAAGAGGAUAUGGGAUUUACAACAGAAGAACUUCUUUUUUGCAUAAGUGCAUCUUUAGUUCAUGCAUUUGCACAAGUUAGGGCUGCUGCAUUGCGAGCUAUACGACACCUUCUGCGAACACCUAAGGAUAUUCAAAUAUUUAAUUCAUUGCAACUUCCCCAGCUCGUUUGUCGUAGUAUAGAUAUUCUGUUGCAAAAUGAGGAGGAACGAGUUCAGGCACUAAAAUUGGUACGGAAAACAUUGGCACUUUCGCCUGAACUUACAAGUCCGGUGAUAGUUCGAUGUCUUGUAGCUUUAUGUGAAAGUGGAGUUGAAGAUGGCGAUCGUAUGUUGCGUGCAUGUUUGGCAACACUUUGCGAAUUUGGCGUUCUUAAUCCUACGUUAUUUAUAUUGUGUGGAGGCGUUAGUGCUAUAACGCGGAAUGUUCUCGAAUGUCAUAGUCCGCGAAUAGCGGAAAGUUUAUGUGGCGUGCUGUUGCAUUUGCUAGAAUGGCCUCAGACUAGGAAUAUAGCUGGGGUGCGAUUAGACUGCCUGGCGGCUCCUUAUUGUGAUUUUACCUAUCGACUUGGUAUUAUGGAUAAAAACAAAGAUGCUCGGGAAUUACGGUAUACAUGCAGCCGUUUAGCAUUACUAUCAGUUCUACGCAGUUGGGCUGGUACCAUAGAAUUUUGUGAUCCGCACAAGCCGUCGGGAUUGAAAGCAAUAGUCGAUGUGCUUUAUCUUAACCAAUUAGAAGUUAGAAAAGCCAUCCUAGAUCUCCUUUAUGAGCUGUUAGGUCUUCCACAACCAAUCUGGACGGACGAAUAUUCAGUUGCUCUUUCAGCAGUAGACCCAUCUGAUUUCCAAGAUGCUUGGAGAUUAAAUGAUGGCUUUGUUGCGUUGGAAGGUAGAUGCAUUCUCCCAAGCCUUGCUAGCCGCGUGCCAAAUAUUUGUGAACAGCAUUUAGCCUUACUACUUUAUUGUUUUUUGGAAACUGGACUCAUAAACGCUUUAGUGGAAGUAAUUGUUUCUAGUGACACAUUUUUGUCUGUUCGAGCAACAGUUCUUGUUGGAAAAUUGCUUCAACUCAUGCAUACACACCUUCCUGCGGACAUAUGUAGCAUAAGUCCUGCUUUGCCAACGUUAAUCACAUAUGCAACACAAGGGAAUCCACAGGCGCAUGCAGCAAUUUCAGCUUUGCAGAGUUUACAUCAAAUGUUACAGAAUAGACCUGCAUCAUGUAGCCUGUUUCUUGACAACAUAAUUCAGAGCGGAGCAUUGAUAAAUUCUAGAACGUUUCGAAGAGAAAUCAGUAGUCAAGAGAAUUUUAAUAUUUUACCGCCGUUGUUGGGGACGCUAGAGCGUCGACGGCACGAUUCAUUCUCAUCAAGUCACAGUGGUGGGGAAGACAGUUCAACUUCGCAAUCGCAGUCAAUGAAGCGAUCAAGUUUGCGUUCAAGACGCCGUUUAAAAUUGCUUCACUUUUUUGAUUCGUUGAAAGAAAUUGAGCGACUCAUUAAAGAUUCAAAUGUGUUGCUAAACAAAGAUGGAAAUACUUGGGAUUGGGAGAUCAUUAUUGCAAUAUUCAGGUCAGAUGCAAUUGGAAAGUUGGACGACAUGAAAUGUCGUUUCAUUCGACGUCUUGUUCUCUACUUCAAACCAAGUAGCAAUUGCUUUUCUCAUCAAGAUUUAUCGCACGGUCGGCAUAUUCCCGCUUUUGUAACGGCUGGUUUAGAGCUAAUUGAUUGGCUUUUACAAAAUCCAGAGUUGGAGUAUAUGCGUUUGUUAACCGAUUUGUUUGCGGAUAUAAAUAGUCAGCUGUUUGCAAUAAGUUCAUCGAGAAGUGCCCAUGAUUGCCUAUUUAGCCCAGAGCAUAUGCGAAGCACGAUGUGUCAACAAUAUUUUCUAUUCAUUGGCCGUAUGUGCCGUUAUGAUAAAGGAAUAAGCAUUUUGACGAAUACAGCUGUGUUCAGACAGCUUGAAAAUUUAGUAAUUUCAACAAAUCAUGUGUGCUACGUUAAAUUGAUUGUAUCUGGGUUAGAAUAUGGGCAUAGUGUGUAUGCUAGACGAAUAUUGGAAAAAGCAUUGGUUUCCUCGAAAAUUCGUGAUGGACGCCUAUAUGCUACACAAUUUAUGCUCGUUCUGUUGCGAGCAAGAAUUCCUAAUUUUGAAGUAUGGGGCUUACCGAUGCUAAUUAACCAAACGAAAGAUACUGAACGUUGUGUUGUGCUAGCAGCAUUGGAAAUUUUAGAUGAAGCUUGUCAUGAGAGGACCUACCUUGAAGAAAUAGUUAGCAUAUGGCCCGAUUUCAAGCCACUCGGAGACAUGGGCAAUUUAUUAAUGGCUAGAUAUUAUUCAAUACCACGCGGUUUAAAUCAUCAGAAAGCGGAAAUAGUAGACGAGAUAGAACAAUGGAAGAGAGAAUAUAAUAAAAGAUAUGUUUUACUAGUUGAAGCAGACACACAUGCUAGUUUAACAUUACAUACUAAAAACGAAGACGGAUUCUACAGUAGACGAAAUUGUUCAACUCGGCCAAUAAUGAUUCCGCCAAAUAUCCCACCACAUCUAUAUGGGCAGUUAAUUCAAACGGAGCAAGGAACGAAGAAGUUAAAAAAGCAUGGGGAUCUUCCACAGCUUAUAAGCAUAUUAACUGCAGCUAAAUGUUCAGACGAAACAGAAAGCCUGGAAUUAAAAUCAGCACUUUGGGCUCUUGGCCAUAUAUCGACAAACAGCGACGGUGUAGAAUUUUUGAAUGAUCCUAUUUCUAGAGUAUAUGAGAAAAUAAUUGCUUUAACCAAAUGUGAUGUUUACUCCGUGCGAGCGACGGCGUUAAAUGUAUUAGGACUCGUGGGCAGUACUAACGCUGGUGCAAAUGUUCUAUACAAAUUAGAUUGGUAUUGUGUUCGUCACGACCGUAAUACUCUUUGGCCUGUUUGUCAACCAGAAGAUUGGCUUACGAAUAAUCCGACACCAGUGAGACACCAGUACGAGGAAGUUCCCCCCUAUAAUUAUACAGGUAUUGACGAAAAUAUCAAUGGAUUUAACACCAGUAGCGAUUCAAAUUCGUUUUACUUUGACGAAAAUGGAGAUAGUAAAGAUAGUAGUAAGGAUGAGUAUGAUGGACAAAUUGGAAACAAUUCACGGUCGAGAACACCGCCCGAGGCAAUAACACGAUUCAUCAGGCACGUUCGAUCGUUAUCUGAAUCGAAAACAACGGAUGUGGUAAGCCUAAUUAACAGCGGUGGUCAUCAUAGACAAAGGUUUAAUUCUGGCACUGACUCGAAUACCUCUGGGGUCAGCAGUUGUGAAUCGGUUUUUGGUCGAAAUAUAAUAGCUGAAGUUCAGCAAACUCAACUGAGCCCGAUACCAAGUACCUCGAAUUUAUUAGAACUGCCACUAAAAUCAAGGAGAAGACGUAUUACUCUGGCGUCUUCUGAAUUUCGGAUACAAGGGAAAUUAAGUCCACAAGAUAUGCAGGGAUACGCAACAUUACGUUCGCUUCGAAAACAUAGCCGGCCUGUUCUUUCGGAGUCAGCGGCAGAUGAGUUGGCCGAAAUAUUCGAUAAUGAUAUCGAAACACCGCAACUUCGGCCACGGAAAUUAACAAUCAGCGAAUCACAACGCAAAAUUAAAGUCAGGAGUCUAGAUCGCCAUUCAACACAAAUAUUCGCGCGAAUUGACGAAUUUCACGUUCCUUUACCAACGCUUACAACUCCUAAGUUCCUUAAGCAAACUGACUCGAAAGGGCCAUGUUACUCAGGUAUUUGUCUUCCUAAAAAUAUAUUGGAUUUAUUUCCAUUACGUAAUCUCGGUCGAACCUAUGUAUCACAUAAUUUACAAGAAUACAUUGAUAUGAAAGUGAAUAUCUUAACAGCUAAAUGUCAGCUGCUUUUGAAUGAUUUACUUAACGAAGGCGACGAGGGUUCUGUCAGUAGUUUAUCUGAUGUAUCAUCAGCUAGUAAACGGACUAAAGGAAUUGGAAAAUACAACCGGUUAAGCUGUUUGAAUUGCUGCCGCUCGCUGCGGCUGGCAAACCGUUUGUACUCAAGAACCGAUAGUGAUAUUAACAUUUUUAAAAAGAAAUCAACUGUAGGAAAUCAUAGUUCAUCAGUUCAACAAUUAUCCGAUAUUUCAUUCAAUUCACCAGAGAGCAUCCUAAGUGAUGAAAGUAUACCUGAUCGGCUUACCACUAACAUUCUACAUCAUGUGCAACGUAUGGCCAAUCCAGUUUGUAGUAAACAAUCAAAACUCGCACUCCUAGAAUUGAAACAAAAACACCCUUCUUCGUUUCAAGAUGUCUGUCUCUAUUCUGAAGUUUGUCGAGCUCUUGGACGAGGAACUUAUCGCAUGAAUGCGCGCAGAUUCCUGCAAGAGCUUUUCUUAGAUUUGCAUUUCGAUAGUUUUUCUAUUGAACCAUGUGAAAUUAUUAGCAGUAAACGCAAAGAGACUAGUAGUUGUAAUAAUGCUUCGCUUGUGAUAACCGAAGGUAGCUCAAUGGCUUACAACAAUGUGGCAACAGAUUCGUCGGAUCAAUACUACCUUCCUAUACCGUCACCAGUCAUAAAUAACGUGAAGACUCAAAAAUUAGCUAGUGUUUAUGAAACGAGUUUUGAAAAUUUAAGCAAUUCCCUUGACAUGAUAUCUACCACUAAUGUGAAAAUAAAUUCUUUUAAAAAUCGAAUAGAUACAAAUAACUCGGGAUCGGAUAGUGUUGACGGUGAACCCAAUUCAAAGCAUGAGAAUAACGUGGAAAAGCGUCGACGAUUCAGGACAGCAGAUUCUUUAGAUUUAAGUUGUACAGUAAACAAGUUUCCAAUAACAAGGCGAUGUACGCCACCUUCAUCAGUGUUAACAGAUGGAUAUUGUUUUAACGUGCCGGACUUAUCAAAAUCUGUAUCCACGCCGACCGGCAGUUUAUUUUGUGAAAAACGACUACAAUCAUCUAAAUCAGAGGCUGUUCUAUCAAAGACUAAGCAGAAUUAAUAAAAAUACGGUUCUGUUUUGUUUCAUUAUUAUUUUUACAUAGUUGCAUACCCACAAUCGAUGAAAGUUGUAACCCCAUACACCUACCCUCUUCACUGUUGUUUUUCUUAGAUAUCUCUAUUAUUAUUUAAGAGGCGCCAGAUUCGCGUAAAACAAAAGUAUAUUAAUGUGUAUAUAUGUCCAUUUAUUCAUGAAACAUUCUUUUUUCGACGAUCCUUUACUUUCCUUUUUAUAAUAAUUUCUGUAACAAAGUUUGGCUAUGGUUAAUAAUUGUUUCUUAGAGACCUGUCGCGUUUAAGCACGAUUGAAAUGUUUUAAAAUCGAAAUUUCACCGUACAAUAAAAAAGCAAAUUCAUGAUA